AUAUUUACUUUUAUCAUUUUGUUCCCUCUGUUCUCUUCUCCGCCCCUUCACCGAUAUAUGAUAGCAGGCCUUCUAACAUGUGCUCAGUGACUAUAGCUUAUAGCAAAAUGAGAAAAUCUUGCUGAUUCCUGCCCCCUAUCUCCACCGCCCUCCAGAUCCUCUCCCAAAUUGGGCUAGAUAUACAUAUACAUGGUGAUGCUUCGUUUCAUUCAACUCAAAGAAAGAUUCACACGACCUGAACCGAAUAUUAACUGAAUGUGAGGGUAGUAUAAGAUGCGUUCACAAAAUGCAUGCUAAGAUCAUCACGGGAGGUUACGGCCAAAAUGUCUUUAUUGGGUCUAAGCUUAUUAACAUGUACGCUGGCCUGGAUCAGCUGCACAUGAACUACGCACGGAAGGUGUUCGAUAAAAUGCCUCAAAGAGAUGUUUUCUUAUGGAACAUGAUGAUUCAAACCUAUGCGAAUUCCGGUUUGUCUACUGAAGCAUUGAAUGUGUAUAAGGAGAUGUGUGAAAAUGAUGUGGCCUUUGACAAGUACACGUUUACGUUUGCGCUAAAGGCAUGUAGCGUUAUUAAAAACGAAACAACUGGUAGUGUGAUCCAUGGGCAUGUGGUUAAAACUGGUUUUGUUUACAAUGUGUUUGUUGGGAAUGCUCUUGUAGCUUUAUAUGCUAAGUGUCAAAUGAUAGAGGCAUGUAGGAGGGUGUUUGAUGAGAUUCCUGAAAAGGAUGUUGUUAGUUGGAAUACGGUUAUAUCCGGAUGCGCUAGCAAUGACCGCGCUAUUGAAGCGCUUGAUCUUUUUCAUACUUUUCUACAUGAUGAAUCAUCUUGUAGCACACCAGACCAUGCAACUCUUGUUAGCAUUCUUCCCGCUUGUGCUCAAGUAGCAGAAGUUCGACUAGGGUUUUGGAUUCAUUGUUACGCUAUAAAAACAGGUUUGACAAACGAUGCUAUGGUGGGAAGCGGUCUUAUCGCUAUGUAUGGCAACUCUGGACACUUGGACUAUGCACGCCAGGUGUUCGAUCAAAUAUCUGAAAGAAAUAUUAUGGUAUGGACCGCUAUGAUGAGGGCGUAUGGCAUGCAUGGGAACCCACACAAAGCGCUUACUCUUUUCUCAAACUUUUUGGAGGGCGGGUUCCAGCCCGACGGGGUUGUGUUUUUAUGCUUGCUAUCAACGUGUAGUCAUGCAGGGUUAGUUUCGAAAGGCCGUGAGAUUUUCAAACAAAUGGAAGUUUAUGGUGUGGGGAGAGGUCAUGAACAUUACGCUUGUAUGGUUGAUCUGUACGGGAGAGCUGGUUUGCUGAUGGAAGCGGUUGAGUUUGUGAAAUCGAUGCCUGUGUUACCUAGCAAGGAUGUGUAUGGUGCUCUUCUUGGUGCGUGUAGAAUGCAUAAUAAUAUUGAACUUGCUGAAGUUGUUGCACAGAAGUUGUUUGUUUUAGAUCCGAAUAGUGGUGGCCGGUAUGUAACUUUGGCUAAGAUAUAUGGGGACGGUGGGCGGUUGAAGGAUGCGGCAGCGGUUUGGAAGACGAUGGUGAAGAAAAACAUCAAGAAACCAUUUGGGUUUAGCUCAAUCAAGGUGGAUAGCGUGGUUCAUACAUUUGGGGUUGAAGAUGAAACUCAUCUAAGAACAAUGGAGAUUUAUGACACACUUGCAGGGCUUGAUGAGGUAAUGGCAUAUGAUCACCAACUUGAAGCACAUUGCUAGAACAAUUGCUGCUUGGAAAGUAGUAGGCUUAUCUAGGGUUAAAGACCAUUCUUUGUUUGCAAAUGGCGCGGCAUGUGUUCUCGCUUUCACAUGCAAAUAUUUAUAUUCCAAAACUAACACACAUGUAGGGGCUAUUGGCUAAGGAUUGGUGUCGUUUGAGGUUGUCGGGCUUUAGAAAUUGGAUUGUUGCAUCGUGUCACUAUGUGAGCUCUUCGAGGCCACGUAAGAGAGGUGCUGACAUAAGCAUCGAGCAUUAUUUAAGGAAGAACCAGGAACAUAAAAGUUAGAUGGGUUAAGCUGCUGCAAAAUGGGUGGCUUAGUUGUUUGAUUGACAUGGGUCAUUUUAAAAUAAUAAUAAUGGGUUGGAACCCACUGAAAAUGUGUACUAAACUGCCUGAAUAGUGAACCAUUCGACGGAAAGUUUGUUUAUGUGUAUACAUGAACACAAUUUAUUUUCUUUUAGCACUAAUACAUGUCUAUUUGUGAA